UCCACAUGAGAAAAUUAGCAUCGUCGUUAGAAACAAUCGAAAACCAAAGCACCACAAAAACUCUCUUCUUUUCUGUCUUUUUUAUGGUUUCUCUCUGUUUUAAUUUUGUUUUUUUGGGUUAACAUAGAAAGAAAUAUUAUUCAAAUAAAGAUAGGACAUUUAUGGCCAAAAAAUCCUCUUUUUUGAUCCUUUCUAAAAGUGUAUUUCAGAGCUUGCUCAUUCCAAGAUAUUGCUUAUUCAAUUCUUAACAUGGAGUCUCUGGCGCUAUGGACCUGUCUCCAUUCAAGCUGGACAUUGAUGAGCUUAUAAAUGAGUUUGUUGAGUUGUGGUGUUCGGGAACUGUUAGGGUGAGUUUACAACUUUGGCUGAUAUGAAAAGAGUAUGGCUUUCCAGGAAGUUUACCUACAUCUUUGAGGCUAGUCCUCCUACCAAAUUGGCCUUCUUUAUGCAGUCGUUGUAUGCUCAUACAAUUGGUCACAUGAUUAGCACUUCUUCUUUAUCACAAAGGCUAGGAGGCCUGUAUUGCCUUUACUGUCUUUAUGAGACUCAACCAUUCAAGCCUCCUUUCAAAAUCUACUUCUCUCUUGGAGAGCUGAAGAAACUCAAGACCCUUGUUAUAAAUGCAAAAGAACAUGGAAUAAAAGUUGUACCUGCUUUGGUCAAAAGGAUGCUAGAAAAGAACAUGUUUCUCUUUGGGUUUGUGGACUUACAUGAAAGUUCUGUUAGUGAGACAGUGAACCAACUCACAGAAUUGCAAGAUGCCCGUGUGCAAGUUGCAUAUAAGAAGUUAUUUGAUGAUACUCGGAUUGAGCAGUUCCUCCAUAUGGACAUGGUGGGUAUGGAAUUUGAUUUAGAGAUGCUCAAGAAAAUGUCAACAGAAUAUGCAGAGGCGAAGAAACAUGCCAUCAGAGAAGCAAACAAGGCGGUAGAUGUCCAAAACAUACAGCAUAUAUCAGAUGAUAGGGAGUUUAUUGGAGAUGAAGUUGAGAGGAUCACAGAGAACUGGAAUGUCCAAAGGCAAGUGUUUUAUCAGCAAACAGGACUGAAUCAACGUCAUGCUCAAAAAGAUGAGCAACAACAUCAACCACAGCACAAAAAACAUGAACAGCAAGAUGAUGAUUUUGGUGAUGAAUUUAGUCAUCAACUGGAACUGCAACUAAUUGAAGAAGAACAGCUACAACAAAAAGAAGAGGAUGAUGAAUCUAAUCAUGAAUUGGAGCUGUAACUUUCUGUAAAAUAGCCCUAAUAAUAUAGCAACAAAAUGGUGAGGAAUUAUGCUACGAAAACCAGGACAAAUAGGAAUGCCAUGGUUUAGGACAUAAUUAUCUAGCAAGGUGAUCAUUCCAAUCAAGGAUGCUGCGGAAUUUUGUGAUUAGACUGCUGCAAUUCUAACCUCCCUUCAAGACCAUCACCAGGACCUUUUUCAGUUUAUGGAAGAGAAAGCUGAUGGGUUUUCUGGAUAGGUUUUUCAAGUUACUGAAUUUAUUAUCAGAACACAAAAGGGAUAUCUCUGUAAAAAACUUAUGUCAGUAUAUGUUGAGAAUGGCAUCUUGAAACAAUUGGAGUCAUUUUUAUUGUUCUUCUUUGCCAUUGGUCUGCAUCCUCAUGACGUCUAUAAACCUAGCUUUUCCAGUUCCAUUAGGGCCCCUUGUCCCACCCUCCUAGUACCAAGAAGAUUUUUUUUUCUGCUAAUGCCAUCCAUGUCUAGUUUUGAUGAUUGAAUACUUAUUGAUUUUAAGUGCAGAUAAAGUUCAGAUUGGUUUUCUCU